AUGACUUUUUUGUGGGGGCUCUUGUGGAAGUCAUCUACGGCUGUGAUUGCAUACCUCAUGGCGAGAUAUCAUCUGACUUUCAACGAUACGUUCAAAUUUGUGAAGCACAAGCGACCGGGCGUCGGUCCAAAUUUCGGUUUCCUCGGCCAGCUACUGGACUACGAGAAACAGCUAAACAACAAAAUCGAUACUACUGCUACUACUGCUGCUGCUGCUGCUACUACUACUACUACUGUUUCCGAAGCUGCCGCUACUAAUAUCGCCAUUGAAGCCAUUACCACUACUGCUAAUUCUACUACCACAGAUAACAUUAACAAUAUUAGCAAUAAUAGUAAUAACUCCCUUGCAACGAAUGAGGAUGCAAUUAAUGUUGUGAGUCAUAAGGCUUAUAACGAUGAAAGUUACGAAACUACUACUUCUACUAAUACUACUACUACUACUACUGCUGCUGCUGCUACUACUACUACUACUACUACUAAUAAUAAUAAUAAUAAUAAUAUUAAUAAUAAUAAUAAUAAUAAUAAUAAUAAUAAUAAUAAUAAUAGAGAUAGUACCAUCAUUGAGAUGGAUGAUGACGAUGACGUCACUGACAUUAACAGCUGCCGCUAUGAUUAUGACGUCAUCGACAAACGGAAGCAUGAUUGUUGUGGCGCUAACCUCCCUGACACCAAGGGCGAUAUAAAUGGCGACAUUAAGAAUAAUAAUAAUAAUUAUAAUGAUAAUUAUAAUAAUAAUAAUAACAAUAAUAGUAAUAGUAAUAAUAUUGAUGACGAUGAUGAUGAUGGUUGUGAAAAUGAUGAAGGUUAUCGAGAAAUUAGAGAGUUUAUCCGCGCCUCAUAUGAAAAAAGUCGAUCCAUGCAGUUGAACCUGCCCACUAAACCAACCUUUUUUGAUGUCAUUUCAUUUGCAGCGCCAACAUCAACAAUAUCCACAACACCAACAGCAUCAACAACAACACCCAUGACAUCAGCAACGGCAACAAGUCUUUCACUAAAUCAGAGCAGGCGCAACAAUUUGCGGCCGUCAAGUUUCCACACCUUGCUGACGCCCCACAUCGAUGCCGCCCUGACCUUUGAACCCCAUCAACUUAAUAAUCUUCAGCAACAGCAGCAGCAGCAGAAGCAACUACAACAGCAGCAACAGAAUUUUCAACAGCAACAGAAUUUACAACAACAACAGUUGCAACAACCACAACAAUUUCAGCAGCUGCAGCAAUUUCAACAGCAACAAUUUCAACAGCAGCAACAAAAUCUUUCACAACAUAUUCAUCAACAGCAUUUCCCACCACAAUUACAAUAUUUUCAACAACAGCCGCAACAACAGUCACAACAACAACAACAGCUACAACAGCAGCACCAACAGCAGCAAAAACAACCACAACAGCAGCCACAACAGCAGCAACAACAGCCACAGCAGCAGCAACAACGCUACGAAUUUGAACGACCCCAACAUCGUCGUCAUCAUUCUCAUCAACUACAACAUCUACAUUAUCAGCAACUUCACCAAAGUUUCCAACAUCAGGACUCUUUCAACCACUACCAGCCACACCACCACCAACCACAACACCACUUCUACCUGACCAGUCCGAUACUGACCAAACUCAACGACAUCACCUCUCUCUCCCUAGCGAGCAACAGCCUUGACCCCGUUCACGACGACGACCCCCCAGCUGAUUUGUCGUUCACCUGCCGCACGAGAUCUCUCAACCAAUCCAGUAGCAGCCUGUCGUCCAUUGGCAGCCACGAAAACAUCGAAAUCCUUCAGGUCUCCUGA